AUGUUAAACCAAAAUUCCCUUCUAAAUCUGUACAAACUUUAUUUCAGACAGCGACCUCCAAAAACUGUUGAAGAAUUUCUUAAAAAUCAAAAUUGGGAUUAUUGGCCAAGGGAUUUUAUUUUUCCUAAUAAGGAUCAAUGGCUAAAUGAUCUACAACAACUAAAACAUGACUGUACUGUUGCUGAAAUUUAUUCACAUUUGUGGAGUACUGUUCCUCGAGUAUACGAUGCAUCCAUGAAUAUGGAGACAAGAUUAGCGGAAUGUUUGGCUUUUAUGAAAAAACACGCAUCUAAACUAUUUGAGGAGGAAAACCUAGUAACUAGGACAUUUCUAGGAUGCAAGUCACCUAUAAAGAAGCACAAGAAGAAAGAGAAGAUAAUGCUUUCACCUGAAAUGAAGACGGAGAAAAAUAUAGAGGGUUUCAACUUUGCAGGAUUUAAAGCAAGUGAACUUACUUCACUACCCAGACAUUUGGAUGCUGAACGAAUUUAUCUUUUUAUUUUAAAAGCCCAAAAGCUGGAUGUAAAAGUUUUUAAGAUUUGGAAGUCUCAUUUUCUUUUACCAUCUUCCAUUGCUCUUUUGAUUGACUCUUUUUGGUGGUGGUUUCUCUAUAAAUUUAAGGUAUACCCUGACUAUUUGUCACAAGCUAUCUAUGUAACAUUCCAGAAAGCAUUUCCAGAAUCCUGUGAACUCUUUGAUGAAGCAUUUACAAAAGAGUUAGUGAAUACCGUCUUUCUUUGGUUGUCAGGUUUAAAACCUCAAAAACACGUCUUUGCCCAUUGGAAAUGGAAUGAUCUCUGUACCAGUACCACACAGGAUCUCAAAAAGGAAACUUCAAAACCUCUACUAGAAAAGUGUACAAGGACUCAAGAACUUAUAUCAUCUUGUAAGUAA